GUGAUGCCUGCAGUUGUAUUUGUCAUUGUCCUGUUUUUGCCGCAGCCAUUUGGAGGAAAAAGGCGAAUCCCUGCUACUUUGUUGAUACAGAUACAUAAAAGGAAAUCAGCAUCUACCGCGACUAUAAAUUGAGUUAACUUAAACUACUCCGAAAUAUUCCUAUGUGGUAAUAUUUAAAUACUGUAGACAAUCGGCUUAUGAGCGUCAACUUCCUGCAGAAAACGACAGAAAAACAGCGGGAGCCUCUUGUCUCUCUGUCCGAUAACAGAUGCGGCUACAUUUCAUGACAUCACCGGAGUGACAGAGCAGCCGUGUGGGGGGCGGAGGGAGGAGGAGGAUCUCUCUCCCUCUCUCUCUCUCUCCAAAAGUUUAUUUUGCCCUUUGCGGGAGAGGAGAUCAGCCUCCGCAAACCACAGAGAGUCGACUUGAGACAGGGAAAACUUGCCGGGACGCUCACAUCGGCUCCUUCCAGGAUUAUCCGCGGGUCAUGGACCGUUUCGUUCAGUGAAGUUUGGCGGAUUCCGCGUUUUUCUGUGCCUGCACCAAAGCGGACCGGGCAGUGCGUCUCCAGGCGGCUCUGAAGGAAACCAUAUCUGGUCAAAGUAUUCGUUGCUGUCACCCAGCGGGACUGUCCGGCUAUAAAUAGCGCUGGAGGAGGUCUCUGUUUUUCCCAGGGGCUCUCCAGGCACUUGGCUGCCUUCGCUGUUAUUUUACUCGUGAGCUGGGGGUCACUGAGGGUUCUUCCAGGCGCUUUGUCACCGUCAUCGCCGCUUUCUUGUUAGGAGGGGUUACUGAGGUGAGUUGUCCAUCAUGUCGAAGUUGAGGAAGGAGAUGGAGAAGUACAGGGACAUAGACGAGGACGAGCUGCUGAAGAAACUGACAGAAGAGGAGCUUCAGCGAUUAGAGGACGAACUGGAUGAGCUGGACCCUGAUAAUGAGUUGCUGCCGGCUGGGAUGAGGCAGAAGGACCAGACCAAGAAGGCUCCGACAGGAACUUUCCAGAGAGACAAUCUGCUGGCCCAUCUGGAGAAACAGGCCAAGGAACAUCCAGAUAAAGAGGACCUGGUUCCCUUCACCGGGGAGAAGAGAGGAAAGGCGUGGGUACCGAAGAAGAGGGUCGACCCCAUCAUGGAGACGGUGACUCUGGAACCAGAACUAGAAGAAGCCCUGGCUAACGCUAGUGAUGCUGAACUCUGUGAUAUUGCAGCCAUCCUGGGCAUGCACACCCUCAUGAGCAACCAGCAGUACUAUGAAGCCUUGGCCAGCAGUACUAUAGUCAACAAACAAGGCCUCAACAGUGUGAUCCAGUGCACCCAGUAUAAACCAGUCCCCGACGAGGAGCCCAACUCCACUGACGUAGAGGAGACUCUGCUGAGAAUAAAGAGGAACGACCCCGACCUGGUAGAGGUCAACCUCAACAACAUCAGGAACAUCCCCAUCCCGACCCUGAAGGCGUAUGCUGAGGCUCUGAUGAAGAACACUGUGGUGGAGAGGUUCAGCAUCGUAGGAACCAGGAGCAACGACCCCGUCGCCUUUGCCCUGGCGGAGAUGCUGAAGGUGAACACAACGCUGAAGAGCCUAAACGUCGAGUCCAACUUCAUCACAGGGACUGGAAUACUGGCUCUCAUAGAGUCACUGCAGAUAAACACGACACUACUGGAGCUCAAGAUAGACAACCAGAGUCAGCCGUUAGGAAACAAGGUAGAGAUGGAGAUAGCCAACAUGCUGGAGAAAAACACCACGCUGCUCAAGUUUGGUUACCAUUUCACCCAGCAGGGCCCCCGCCUCCGAGGCUCCAACGCCAUGAUGAACAACAAUGACCUGGCCCGGGUAAUCCGGUCCGAUUCAGACGGUUCCUUCACCCUCACUCUGUCUGUCCCCGAGCUGGAGAGGGCCUUCGGGAAAAAGUUCAAGUCUAAGACUAAUAAGAAAGAGAAGGCUUGAGGGAGGACCCAUCUUCCCCAAGUGUCGGACAAACGUGUAGAAACCAGGGUUACCCUCCUUCCCUCUUCGACCCCACCGUCUACCCAAACGCCGUCUUGUCUUCCUCUUCAGCCCUACACCCUCCGGCCUCCGGCGGUCUACCCAGAAGUCCUUGCACGUCCUCUCCAACCACGUCAGGUUAUAUGGUUGGGACUUCAUGGGAAAUGUCUUGAGUUUCUUUCUACUUUCUACUCCCUAGACUCUUGUUUGGUAGCUCUUAAAGGAUCCGGUGGGGAUUUUUAAUCACCAGUGUCCGUCUGAGGUUUGAGUGCAUUCAAAAGCGAUACAGUAUGUUGACAUGUAUUAAUUCUUUGUGUUUUAAAUUAAGGGAUGUGUGGCAUAAUGGGUUGUUUGUGAGACUGGGAAUCACAGCAUGCUGCAGUUUCUCAAACUUGGGUCCCAAGCUGCAAGAAAGUCGAAGAACCAUCGCUGUAGCUUUCUUCACAACACCAACCGGACUGUGCCAUUUUUACUUGCCAUUUUUUUCCUCCCCCUCAUCCUGCUACAUCUCCACGGUUGUCUUGGUUCCACAAUGUAGGGACUGGAGGGCUGGUUUUGAAUGAGGGCCCGUUGGAACGGAGAGGGGCUGCUUUUGGCAAUCCCUGUUUCUAUUGUUGGGUUUAAUGAAUUCUAAUUAUUAUCAUUCUACUGUAAAUGAGUCGAUGCUGUCAUUACCGUCAUCCCCUCGGCGUUUUCGCCUCUGAUUUCGCUCCAAGAUGGACCCACACCAGAAGAUAUCUGUAACCAAUUAAGCACCAAAGCCGUCAACCCAUCCAAAUUUUACAGAUAAAUUAAAGGCCUCUGAGAAUAACCAUGAUGACGGAUUUGCACCCAGUCUUGCCAGUGUGUGUGCGUUUGUGUGUGUGAGACGGCCAAACUCCUGCUCAAUCUAGACAAUAUCUUGUUGUGACUACUAUCUGCCCUUACAUGCAUACAUAGAUAAAGUGAGAGAUAGAUUUGUCAGUGAUAGAUAGAAGCUUGCCUACUGUGAGACUUGUCUGCUACUUAUAGAAUAUAUUUAUUUGUGACAGACCUGGGGAAGAGUUGGUGUCAGAAUCCAGUCAAACACAUCAUUUGCAGUAACAAUAACUUCAACAAAAUGUAAUGAACAUGUGGCUCUGAAUAGGUCAAAAAUGUAAUAAAACCUGUUAAAGUAAUAAACAGAUGACAGCAUGAUAUUAUUACAGAAACCAGCAAAUAUUACUUUAUAAGGGGUCAAGCAUAUUUUUUUAACUGAUGUAAUAUUACUUAGUUGGUAUAUAAAUCACACCACUGAUCAGCUAUCAGGUCAUGUAUUUUGUUGUUAUUACACUAUUUGCCAUUAACUGUUACUAUUACAUUUUUGACCCAUUGACAAGGAUAUUUUAUGAGACUUUGGAAACUAGAGCUGUUGCAUCUAAAGCUCAGAAGAGGCUCAGCUGGAUGGUCAGCCGCUGCCUGGCAGUGUUUAUACGACUUGACUGCAAAAACUAAUUAAUUUCAAUGAUGAAAUGUGUAUUCACGUGCACUGCAGAUUUAAUUCAAAAUGAGGUGAGCUCAAAAAACGAAAGACAACUCCGGAAUUAAAAUGCGACUCGGCUUGUGAGAAUGGACAAAUUCUAGCAUGAUUUAAAUUGUUGUGCAUGUCAGAUGACUAACACUGGAGAAUAAAGAGUUUUAUCAGAGACGUUUUGGGAUAUAAGCGUCUCAGCCCUCUAGCUGUGCUGCAUUCAAGACAACCAGGAAGAGAGAAACUUCCCACUUGGAAAUUACUACGUCCCACCUCAGCAUUACGUCGCUGAGGUGGGAAUGAUAUGGACGCCCAAAAGAAAGCUCCAUUUGUUUCUUUGGAAUUGCUUUUUUGCCCCCGUUGGAAAAGCAAGUAAAGAUGAGGAAACGUGCAUAUUAACAUUACAAACAACAACUUGACUUUACAGCUUCGCAAGCCUCCACCUGAAUUAAUUGAUCUUGAAGUGUGUCAUGCACAAAGAUUUGUCAUAAUGUAACAGAACCAGGGAACCAGGAGCUAAGAGAACAGCCUCCAGUUCCUGAGAAUUACGAACUGGAGGGCUGUUCAAAUGCAUUUCUACGAUCCAUAAGCAGGAAAUUUUCCACUUUCUUGUUGUCUUGAACACAGCGCUAAAUCGAUUCAAAGCCAUUCCUCAAAACCCAGUCAAUGUAGGUAGUUUCGCGUAUCCAGACUAGGUUUUGGGUGCGGCCGAGAAAUGAGCGUAAAAAGAAAAAGUAUUAUGAGCUCUGCUGCAUCCAUGAAACCACACCAUACCCUAGUUUCAUUCUUCUCACAUGAAGAAUCACAAUAAGAGCACAAAAGAGGAGAAAUAACAGUAGAAAUGUGUGAGUAUUUGAGUGGAUUUGUAUUACAACUUGAACCAGGUCUGAUUUGUUGAUGGUGUUCGUUUGCAGCUAUUUUACUGGAGCUGAAAUUUGUGUUUGAACAUGAGAUAGUUGUACCCUGAAUCUUCAUGACUGGUUUCACAAAAGCGGAUUAACGCUUCAAUCCAGGCUUUAGAGUGCAUCAAGAGUAGAUAUCAACAAAACUGAGAGCGGUGUUGAAUGUGGAGCAAUCUUGAUGCCACAGGUGUCGCUCCUGUCUAAUAUCCUGGAUUGGCUCCAACUCAGUGGAAAUGUUUUUAACCAUCAACGGUGACAAAUGCGUCACGUCUGUGAAACCGACCUGUAACGCUGUGCCACCAAACUGCAGCUGUUCUCAUGGCCUUGUGUAGGUGCAUCAGGACUGUGAAGAAGGGCUGCACCAGCUGCAGUGUCUUAACAUUGUGUUGGCGAUAACGAGGAGCACUGCUGUACAUUUCGCAGGGCGUGGUGGGAAUUUGUUCUGCGCUUCCAUUCUAUGUUGGCAGUCUUUUUUUCUCUUCUAUAACAAGCAAGUUGUAAUUUACCAUGCUGUGGUUGUCAUAACUUCUAUAACUUAUAGCCAAUAUGGUGCUGAAUAAAAACAGUCAGCCCAAAUAACCACAAAAAGAAAGGUUGCUGUUGAAACUUGUUCUGCUGUAAGGAUCGCUCAAAGUGAAGUGUGGCUUUAUUUCUGUUUAAAAUAAAUGAGGAAUCGAUCUGUUUUGGACUCAUAAAAAAAUAAGCUAGUAUGUGCCAAACUGAUCCUGCAACCCAUGGGUAUUUGAUGUGAACAUCCACCUCUGAUAUGCAAGUUUAAAAAAAAAAAAAAAAAAAAAGACAUUUUAAAUGAUUGGCAACCCAUUUAACAAUGUCAUGAUCUUUGCCUUGUCUCUGGCUCAUCAUUGCCUCGGAUACCGCUCAACAAAUGAUCAUGAAAGGUGUAACCAUUUGUAAAGUAGUGAAAAAUUGGUCCUUUAUUUAGAAUUUAAUAAAUUUGGGGAUGCAAAAUGGUACAGGAUUUACCCAUAUGUAGUUAAAUGUUGGUAUUCAAACAGACAUUGAUGUAAAAACAGUAAAGAGACGUUUCAGGUUUUCAGCAUCAGCCGAGCACUCUUUGCCAAUGUCUGGCUCCUUUUAUCUCUUUAGCUAUGUUUGACCUGUAAUAUAAUCUGUUUCUUAAUCUGUUAUUUGGGACCCAAGAUGAGUCACAUCAAGGCCACUGUUGGGUCCCCAUGUGACAACAGCUGAACUUUGUUUCAGUGCUUUGGGUCAAAGAGGGACAAGAUAGUAAAAGUGUCAUUCACAACCCAGGCUACAGAACCGAAAAACAGUUUUUAAGAUGUGGGAUGUAAACAUUGUGGUGUGAAAGGUACCGACUCGGGGAAUGCCACUCCUGAACUGUCUGUGUAUCCUGAUCUGUGCUCCUCUCCUCUGUCCGGUGGUUCUGACUUAGUUUAUUUGAUUGCUUGACUCUGUGUUUUGUUAGA